AUGAAGAACAAAUGGUGGUUACAGAAGGCAGAACAGCUUCAGUUAGCUGCUGACCAGCAUAACUCUAGUGGCUUCUAUCAAGGCCUAAAAGAGGUGUUUGGGCCAAGUGUAAAGACAAUCGCUCCUCUACAAUCUGUUGACAACUCCAGGCUUCUCUAUGGACGACGAGAAAUUUUGACUCGUUUGGGUCAGCAUUUUGAAAGCAUCUUGAAUCAUCCAACAUUUAUUUCACAAGAAGCUAUUGACAGCAUUGAUGAACAGCCUGAUCUAGUUGUAGCUUGUGAACCACCAUCUAGCAAUGAGAUAAAUAAAGCUAUCAGGAAAAUGUCAAGGAAUAGAUCUCCUGGUGCUGAUGGCCUACCUGCUGAAAUUUUUCAACAUGGAGGAGAACUGCUGUUGUUCAAACUAGGUGAUUUCAUUCGUCUAUGCUGGGAACUCGAAGAUGUACCCCAGAACUUUAAAGAUGCCAACAUAAUCCAUCUAUACAAGAAAAAAAGCCAAUGUGGUUUUCGUUCUGGUCGUGGUACGUCCGACAUGAUCUUUUCAGCCAGGCAGCUUCAAGAAAAGUGUCGCGAACAGCACAUGGAUCUAUUUAUGGUCUUUAUUGACUUGGUCAAAGCGUUUGAGUCGGUUGAUAGAACUGGCUUAUGGAAAGUCCUUUUGAGGCUUGGCUGCCCGGUAAAGAUUGUGAAUCUAAUCAAAGCCUUUCAUACUGGUAUGAUGGCUUGUGUUGUCGAGGCAACUGAUCUGGCUUUAAACAAGGGUGACGUGUCAGCAGUCUUUAAUAUUGAUAACAGACAGCCUAUUGUGACAAUGCCAGUGGGCGGAGCUCUACUGCCUGAUCGAUACACUCAAGCCAAUCAGUCUACAUUUACUUUUCAAGCUGAUGAAAACAAUGUAAGAUUUACUUGUAAACUCAACAGUGGAAAUCCAGUUUCAUGUGUUGGAAUACAAACAUAUGGAAAUGAUCAGAAUCCACAAGCAGAGGGUGACUACAUUUUCUAUCUGACUGCUACUGAUGAAGCGCUAAAUUCUCAAACCCAAUUUACUGUGCUUAAUGCUGAUGGUUCUAAGACAACAAGAACUUCGUAUGUGUGGACAGUAGAUCGAACUCCUCCUAAUCGACCAGACAUCACAUUCCAACCACAGAACCCAAGCUCAAACUCUAAUCCUCGUUUCAGGUUUUCACCUCCAGUUGCCGAGAUUGGUGGCGUGACAUAUCUGUGUCAGAUAAAGAGACCCUCUUCCAGUUUUACUGAUUUUCCGUGUACAGAUGAUACUGUUGUUGCAACCUCAACUAGUGUGGUACCCGGUGCUGUUAAUGGGAGGCUAGGUACAGGCCCUCAUACUCUUAGGGUUCGAAUGAAAGAUGGUGCUGGAAAUGUUGGAGUAUUUAAUGAAUUCAAUUGGAUUAUUGAUCUUAUUCCUCCUGUCAUUUACAAUUCCAGCAAUUUUGCUUCUCCACCAGACACACUUACUAAGUUACCAGACAAGAAUUUUCGCUUCUUUUCGUCUGAUGACUAUGUAUACCAACUAGGAGUACUUCACAACACUUUUGAAACAAGAAAUAGAAAUCCAUGUCCAUCACAGUAUUGCUCAUAUGAAUGUAAUUUGGAUGGCUCUUCAUGGGUUUCAUGUAGAAGUCCCCACGCUGUUACUGAUGUUGUUGACAAAGGCAAGAGAGAGGUUCACACUUUUUAUGUUCGUCCAGUCGAUGAUGCUGGAAACAGAGGUGCAGCAACGUCGUUUACUUGGGAAAUUGAUCGCAUUGAUGUAACAGUGCUUUGGCAAACAAGACCUGAUGUUAUUGAUAACGAUGUAGCUGAGCUUUUUGUUUGGUCAACAACUGAAAACUACCUGGAUGAGCCUCCAACAUUUAUGUGUGAAGUAGAUGUACGUGGAGCAAGACCUUGUGGACUGAACUACGACAGAAAUGGACAAUACAACUUUACUGCUACAGGAUUAACACAUGGUCAUCACGAUUUCUAUCUAACACCCAUUGAUUAUGUUGGAAAUGUUGCUCCUCGUCUGAAGUACAGUUGGACAACUGACUUAGUGCCACCAGUCAUCUAUUACACUCCAAACUGGGGUCCUCCAAAGUACACUAACAGUCGAACUGUAAAGUUUGUUUUCUCAACCGAGACUCAUGCUGAACUGGAAUGCCGGCUGGAUGCUGGCAAUGUGACUGUGCAAGAUUACGAGAAGUGUUCAGUUCGAAUCAGCACAGUAGCAAAUGAAGUGAACACGUAUGUGUAUUCUGGGCUCCCUGAUGAUGAGUACACUUUUUACGCUCGAUCCAUUGAUCAAGGAGGGAACAUUUCACCUAAUAUAUCAUACAUCUUUACAGUUGACACCGUCGGUCCAGCUGUAUCAUUUUCAGCACAUCCGAAUCGUUACACUAACAAACUUUCAGCAACAUUUGUUCUCAAUGCAUCAGAAAUUUUGUCAACGUUUGAAUGUCAGUACAUCAGUGACAGAUACCAAGGGAUUGGCUCAAUAUGGUUGCCAUGUAGUGCACAACCUUUUUUUGCUGGUGUCAUUAAUUCUCAAGGAGAUGUUCAGUUUACAGUUGAUCAGUUCAAGGAUCAGUCUGGGAAUCGCAUUAUCUACAUUGAUAAACCUCACGUGUUGAAAGCACGUGCUACUGAUCGAGCAGGCAAUACGGGACCUGAAUCAAGCUGGAUAUGGGAGAUUGAUCUUUUGCCUCCAAAUUUGAACUUCAGUAAUGCUGACAAUGAUAAGAACAUUGGGAUCACCAAUCAGAACUUUCGCUGGGUCAAUGAAACAAGCAUAGUCUUGGACUUUGCAGCACUUGAAAGUACCUACCAGUGUCACAUUCAGCAAUAUAGUGUAGCAAUGAAGAAGUUUUUUAAUGUCACAGUUGAAGACUGCCAACCACCCUAUCUUUUUACAAACUACAGUGGAUUAUUCAGAGUGAAGGUAGUAGCAUUUGAUUAUUUUGGCAAUACUGCAGCUGUUUCUGAAAAUGGAAAUGGAUAUGUAUUUGGCAUAGCUGGCACUGGUCCUUCAUCACAGAUUGUUAGUGGUCCUGCCAAUGUGGUUAACAGUUUGAGCACCAAAUUUACUGUCAACAUUCCUUUUCCACGUGCUGGUGCUAGAUGUUCAAUUCGACGACUUGAUUCAUUGGUGGAAAAGUUAUGGCAGUGCAUUCCCAUUGAUCAGAAUCAGCAAACAAAAGAGAUUCCUGGCUUCCAAGAAAUAUCAUUUGAUAUUUCAACAUAUGUAAAUGCAGUUGAGGGGAAGUUUGAUGGUCACUAUGUCUUCAAGUAUGCUGUGGUUGACUUUUGGAAUAAUGUUUCUCCUGAGAAGAGAUAUGAUUGGACAGUGGAUGUGUCACCACCAAAAACAGCUCUAAGAGGUACAUAUCCUGAGUUUACUCAAGAAACGAAUAUAACCUUUGAGUUUUUUUCUGAUGAGGACACUGUUCAACGGUUUGAAUGCAAACUUGACAAAAUUGUUUUUGGCCGAAAUCUUGAACGUCGCUGUGCUGCUGGAGGAAAACUAACAACCACUCCUUGUUCGUAUACAGCUUGUGACUUUGUUUACGGUUAUCAAGGCAAUACUUCUUACUCAAAGUUGACGGAUGGCUUUUAUGAGUUUUCAGUUCGAGCCAAGGAUAUAGGUAACAAUGUUGAUGCCACACCAGCUACUGUCCAGUUUACUGUUGACACGCAACCACCGGAAGUUAAAUUUCUUGGAGUUUUUCCAGAAAGUAAACCAUCAAUUCAAGACAGUGUUAAAAUCUAUUUCCAAGGAGAAAUUGGGAGCCAAUCCUUCUGUCGGAUAGCUCAGCAAUUUGGUGUUACUUCUGUCGAUUUCAAUUAUGAGACUUGUCAAAGUCCAUACAUUGUUAAGCCUGCAGAUCCUGGUGUGCAGACCGGAGGUUCUCUGGUUGUAGCCUUGAGAUCUAUUGACAAAGCAGGGAACGUGUAUGAGACACAGGAAACGGUUUUUCAAGGUGCUGGUGAGGAUUAUCCUAGUUUUUCCAAUCGUUUGAAAGAUCAUGAAAACAAAACACUUGCUCAUCUGCCACAAACAUGUCCAGACAAUGAUGACAUAUUUGCUGCUCUUGCAAUUGCUGGAUUUGCUUUGUUUGCUAUUCUUGCUGUGGUCUUCCCACUCGUCAUCAUGAGUCGAAUGUCAUCUGGGUCUCCAACCAAGUUCAAUCGUCAGUCUCAGAAAAAUGAUGAAGGUGUUGCUGCAUUUAGCAAGAGGCCAUUAGAAGAAGACUUUUAUUAGUCUGCUAGUAAUUGCAACUGCGGAGUAUUUACGUGUAUGAUGUAAUGGCUCUCGUUUCUGGUUGUAUGCAUGCAGUAUUAUCUCAUAUUUUCAUGCAUGCUCACUGACUGCUUGCUUGCUUGUGUAGUCUGUAUGUUCAGGUGUUUCAAUUAGUUGACUACCUUAGUGUUCUUGUGUA